AUGGGAUGGCGUAGUCACAAAGCUUUAAAGAAAUAAAUGAGUGAAUCGUCUAUGAUAAUAGCAACAUACUGUGAACGGGGCACAGUGAUGAAGUUCAAGUCUAUUUUUAAGCCUGCUUGGCAGCAUGUAGGUACAGACAAGAGUCUGUAACCCUUUCUGCUGUUCUGAAGCUAUAUGGACAUGGCUGAUGUCUCUAUCCUAGUUCAACAACAGAGUUGGUUUUGCUCCUUUACAAAUGCUAUGGAAAGAUAGAGAAGCCUCAAGCUGUUUUGAAGAUUGUGCAACGAUGCUUGGGAGCCUACCUGCUUUUGCUUGAGUGCUUUCCUCACUCACAUUUCACAGAAUGCGACAGGAAGAGAAAUACAACCGAAUUCGACGGCCCUGGUGAUUGGACUUGAACCCUUCGUAUGCCCUGGGGGUGAGGUGGGUUCUUCUCAGAUAAGCAAUCUAAUCAGCUUUGCACUUGUGUCCCAUCUGGAAUCAGAUUGUUGCCAAAGCUCACAACCACCUGAGAAGCAAGCUUCGGGGUUUUUUUAAGUUAAUUCGUUCAGCCGAGGCGAUUUCACGCCAGAAUGCAGUCUCCGAACAAGAAGGGCGAUUGCACUGCCUGUGCCAUCCAUAUGCAUGGUGCUGGCUCGGCAGAUCGACUGCUGCGACAAAGAACCAUGAGCCACUCCAGACACAUGGGCAAGAUAAGGAAAAGGCUGGAAGAGAUCAAGAACCAGUCCCUGAAGUUGACAAAAGCAGAUUUCAGCCACAACGAAAGCAUAAGGUUGGCCACUGAUGCAUUCCUGGAUGGCGGGACAGAAUCUUACCUUGAAACUUUGAGCAAAGAGGGUGAGGUGGAUUUCCUCUCCUCCGUGGAAGCUCAGUACAUCAAGGACAAUGCCAGGGAGUCCUAUUAUGCGCAGGAGUCCCUGGCCACCGAUGGGGCAGCUGCACCCAAGCAGAACGAUGUUGGGUCGCUCCCUUCAGGGACCUACUUCCCCACCAUUUCUGACAGCAGUGAACCAGCUCUGCUGCACACAUGGAUUACAGCGGAGAAACCCUAUUUAAAGGAAAAAUCCACUGCCACUGUGUAUUUCCAAACAGAGAAGAACAAUAACAUUAGAGACAUCAUACGCCGGUACAUCAACAAGACCACUCAGGUGCUAGCUAUCGUGAUGGAUGUAUUCACAGACACUGAGAUUCUUUGUGACAUCCUGGAGGCAGCUAACAAGCGCAUGGUGUUUGUCUACCUGUUGCUUGAUCAUGGGAACAUAAAUCUCUUCUCAGAGAUGUGCGACAAGUUGCAAAUUGCUGAGGAGCUCUUCAAGAAUAUUUCAGUCCGCAGUGUUACUGGAGAGGUUUACUGCGCCAAAUCAGGCAGGAAAUUUUCAGGACAAAUACAAGAAAAAUUUCUUAUCUCUGACUGGAGAUAUGUGCUCUCUGGAUCCUACAGCUUCACGUGGUUAUGUGGCCAGGUUCACCGCAACCUUCUCUCCAAGUUCACAGGUCAAGUUGUGGAGCUGUUUGAUGAAGAGUUCCGACACCUUUAUGCACUGUCCAAGCCAGUGAGGGGACCGAAGUCUCCACCGCGCACCAUGCCCUUCCUGUUCAGCAAGAGUUGGGCCCCCCAGCGUAGCCUCCCUGACAGCAAUGAGGAAAGUGCCAACACUCUUUCUGAUCCCUUCAGCAGCCUCUCUGCUGGCAGCCCCCGCCAGACCAAGCAACCUCCAAGAACUCUCAUGUUCAGCAGCAGCUUCACCCCCCCAUCACCUCUCCAUAGAGUUAAUUCCUUCCACGGCUUUGUCUCAUUCACACCCCCACCACCCCAGAAGGCCAUCCAAGCUAACUACUUUCCAUCACAUUACGUGGCCGACAACUCCGCAGCUCUGUAUAACAACAUGAACAUUUACAGACCUGUAAGACUUAGACAAGAGGAACCAAACAGGACAGGGUUAAGCUCACCCUGGAGAUGCCUCCCCAAAGCUAACCUGUUUGCAUAAUAACCACCUCGUUUUGAAUUGCAAGUAAAUGUAGCGAGGACCUGUUUAGCAAUUGCUGGUAUACUGAUGAAUAUAGAAAUUCUGUAUAAUACAAAAUGAGGAUGAUUUCAAGCCUCUUGUUUUGUUUUGCUGCUUAUGGAUGCUUCGUUUCCCUAAUUAAAAAGCCAAGUCUGCUAACUUGUAAACCUUGGAUGCAUCAUGAUCCCAGGAAGAACAUGUCUAAAUAGUGCUGCUCACAGUGCAGCACUGGUGCUGCCUAUCCUUGGAAGAACAUUUGUGUGGCAGUGGAUUUAGAUGGUUAACUGUUUUCCAUGCAGCCAGACACCUGAAAGUAAGUCAAGUCUAUUACCAUGCAUUUUAUGAGCUUGCAGGAGGAGACUGAAAGCUUCUAUAUAUUAUGCUGUCAUUGCACCUUAAUCUUGAUUUAGGAGGACUUCUUGAGGGCUGACAGGGAAGCAGCUGACACCGUCAUGCUGUCGCGGAGCUCACAGCGAGGACAUCUGUUCACAGGGUUUCUAGGAAGGCGCCCACUAACCAUGACAUGGCCUGAGACUGACGAUUCAGGUUAUGGAGGAUAUCUUGCAGCUGUCAUAUGCUCACUUCCGAUUAUUAGCAAUACGGGUGAAUUCCAGCACCUCCAAUCCCACCAGCUCAGAGCAAUUUUCCUCAUUGCAGAGCAGCUGUGCAGAUUCAGACUGGGAAAUGAAGCUGAGUAAAGGAACAAAGUCCCUUUAGGAACACACUAGGACUGAGUUCCAAUUCAUUUAAUAGCACAUAGAUCUCAGAUAUUUUCUUACUGGUCAUUUGAUUGAACAUUAUGUUAGAGAUAAUGAUGCUUUAUUUCAGAGUUCUUCAAGGUUUCUAAUUUUUAAAGAGAAAUUGUGUGUUUGUCAUGCCCACUGAAUACAGAGGGAGUUAAAGAGGUGCAGCAGCUUGAACCAAAAGGAGAAAAACCUUCUGCCAAAUAAUCCAUGGAAAUGAUGGAAGCUUCUGUAGUGACAGGCAAAAAAAAGAGUAAGAAAAUUCAUGAAACAAAGGACUUCCAUCCAAGUCCCAAAGUUAGUAGAGGCCUAACAUCUAUUGAUUUUUCAGUAGAUUAUUUUUUUUUACACCUACUUGAGAUCACCUUUCAUCUGACUCCAACAGAAAACAGAAACCUAGCCACAUUUGUACAUCUGGCCCAUUUUGCCUGACUUCUGACCUGUUCAGAAAGGAAUACAAUUUAAUUAUUUAGGCUGUGGAUUAUGCAAAUUGUGUGCAGCACUGAGAUCCCAGGUGAGGAAAGUUUCUUGAAAGUAUACUGGUAAAGUUUACAGAACAUUAUGAACGGUACAUGAUGGGCAUAUCCUGCUCUGAUUUCAGUGUGGACAUUUUUAACUGUGAUAGCAAAUUUUGGAGUUGAGAAUAACAAUAAACUAUUGCACAUAGUUGUAAAAUCUGUACAUAGCAAUGUGUUUCAGAUUCCUUGGGAAGAAGGGAAAGCUGAUUUUCAUUCCUAUGACAAUUCUACUUAAUUCUCUAAAUACGGAAACCAAACAAAUAAAA